CGGUAGUUUUGCGGGAAGUUCGGUCCUCUUACAGCUUAGCCGGUGACAGUACAGAAAGCAUCUUUAGCCUACGGUCAGGCGAUAAACAACAAAGUGAAGAUGCCCCCUAAAGCCAAGGCAGCAGGGAAGGGCAGAGCUCCAGCUAAGAGGAAGCUGGCAGAGCAGUUCCCACCUGGAGAAGUCCUGACAGACACCGGGAAGAAGGCCUGGAAACUGGGAGCUCCAGUUGGCCAGGGGGGGUUCGGUCUCAUAUAUUUGGCUGAGGAGAACUCUGCAAAUUCCGUGGGUCCUGAUGCUCGCUAUGUCAUCAAAGUGGAGCCCAGUGAAAAUGGACCACUGUUCUCUGAGCUGAAGUUUUACAUGCGAGCUGCUAAGCCUGAUCUGAUCCAAAGCUGGAUGAAAUCUCACAAGUUGAAAAGUCUGGGAGUUCCCAAGUACUGGGGCUCAGGUCUGCAUGAGAGAGAAGGGAAAAGAUAUAGGUUCAUGGUUAUUGACAGGCUUGGCACAGACCUGCAGAAAAAGUUUGAAGAAUGUGGAAAGAAGUUCCCCAGAAAACUGGUCCUACAGCUCGGUCUUCGACUGCUGGAUAAUCUGGAGUACAUCCAUGAGCAUGAGUAUGUGCAUGCUGACAUUAAAGCAUCCAACCUCAUGUUGAGCCACAGUGAUCCCAACCAGGUUUACUUAGUAGAUUAUGGGCUGGCAUAUAGGUAUUCACCUGAUGGUGUCCUCAAAGACUACAAGGAAGAUCCCAAGAAAUGUCACGAUGGGACCAUUGAGUUCACAAGUAUCGACGCCCAUAAAGGAGCAUCUCCAUGUAGGCGGAGCGACUUGGAGAUCCUGUGCUACUGCAUGGUUCAGUGGCUGUGUGGUCGGCUACCCUGGGAGGACAAGCUGCAAGACCCCCUCUACGUCAGAGACUCCAAAAUCAGGUGUCAGGAAAACAUCUCCCAGUUUAUGACCCAGUGUUUCUCCUUUGAAGAAAAGCCAGAUGAAAUCCAGAAGUUCAUGGAGGAGGUUAACUCUCUGGGAUACCAAGACAAACCACAUUACGAGAAGCUGCGCUCCAUCCUGCAGGCCGGGCUGAAGACCAUUCAGGCUAAAGACGACGGCAAGCUUGAGUUUGCUCCCGUCAGUGGAGCUGUACCACCUCCUGCCAAGAAGACGACCAAGAGAAAAAAAGCAGAGGAGGGGGAGACUGAGACUGAUGGAAGUCCGCUAAAGAAGAAGAGAGUCGCAAAGAAAAAAGAAGUAAACGGGGUGAAGAAGAGUCAGCCAAGAAAGGCACCUAAUGCUGGAAAACAGGGGGACCCAAAAUCCAGACUGGUGGAGAUGGGAACCCAGACCUCACCUGGACUCGCCCAGAAACAAAGAGGCAGACCAAAGAAAACCAGCACAUGAACAUCCACCUGUAUGCACUCCUCCCUCCAUCACUCUGUCCUUUCUCUGCCUCUUAAAAAAAAAAACUUUUUUGAAGUUUUAUAUGGUUUUCCAUCUGUUACACACUGAUAGUGGCCAAAGUUUGAUUGUAUUUGGUAUGGUUACAUUCAGAAUUCUUAUAAUAAAGAAGAAAUUAAAUUGUUAAUUGUUCAGUUAUUUUUAAUGAAAGGUUUCAAGGCUGAGGGUCCGAGUGUAACUGGAUCUGCCCCAAACAUGAAAGGGUCCUUCUGCAGGCAAAGGUCCCAUCCCUCCACCAGGGUUGGUGUAAAUGGGUUCAGUACUUUUUGUGUAACCCUGCUGACAAACAAAC